AUGGGCAACUGUCAUUCUUCGCAAGAAAAACAGAACGCGGUUCCUGCUCAGCCCAGGUCCGUCGGGGCCUCCAGAUCCCUGCACUCGCACAUACCAUCUCAGCCCUACGGGAUGCAGAGUCACAAGCAGUCAUAUCAGGACAAUAAUAGUUCUGGAGCUGACAUCUGGUCGCCUCCUUCAUACUCCAGUGCCACGGCUGCUGUCCCAGCGACCCCAACGCCUGCAGCAGACACCUCCACCUCAACGGGGUUCAUCCCUAACGACACGCAGUACUCGUUCCUCAGCACAUUCGACACCAUUUUCCUCGUCGAUGACAGCAGCAGCAUGCGCGGCAAACGCUGGCGCGAAGCCGAAGAUGCCGUCGCCGCCAUCGCCCCGAUCUGCACUCACUACGACUCCGACGGAAUCGAUAUCUACUUCCUCAACCACCGCAACCGCCCUUCUUCCAUAUUCGGCGGCGAGAGCGGAAAUCGAACUGCAAACGCAGGCGGCUACCUAAACGUCACCGACGCCGCUGGAGUCCGCGAGAUCUUCAAAUCCGUCCAGCCCAGCGGCGCUACCCCCGUAGGGGUUCGCUUGCAUAAUAUACUCUCGCCUUAUUUGCGUGAGCUCACCAAGUUGACCAACCAGGGCCAGGAGUCGGAACUCAAGCCGCUCAACAUCAUUGUCAUUACGGAUGGUGUGUUUACAGAUGAUGCAGAAACCGUCAUUGUUAACGCGGCCAGACAGUUGGAUCACCCCAAUGUGCAGGCUGCGCCGUGGCAGGUGGGCAUCCAAUUCUUCCAGGUGGGCGACGACCGUGCUGCUAGGGAGUAUUUGGAGGCUUUGGACGAUGAGCUUGUUCGCAGACGCAGCAACGAUGGAAUUCGAGACAUUGUUGAUACAGUACCUUGGAAGGGCGAAAAAGGGAGGGUGCUCAACGCCGACGGCAUUCUCAAGUGUGUUUUGGGUGCGGUAAACAAGAAGUAUGACAAGACGGAGGCUUCACGCUGA